AUGGCGCGCACUUAUACAUUUCCUGGUGUGGCCGUCAUCACUGGAGCGGGUGGGACUGGUAUCGGAGCAGCAGUUGCAAGAAGUUUUGCCUCCGCGGGCUGUGACAGAAUCGCGAUCACAGACCUUAACCCGAUCUCGUUAGACGAAACCAAACAAGCAAUCCUUAGCUCCUACCCUCAAGCUCACCUCGUCGUCCGAGCGGGAAAUAUCGCCGAUGAACAAUUCGUGGACUCAUUUAUUGGCGAAGUUGCCCAUACUUUUGGUCGGUUGGACUACGCAGUGAACUGCGCCGGAAUCCUCGGAGAUGCUCUGCGAUCGACAGAAAUGUCGACGGAGACCUUUGACCAAAUCAACAAUGUCAACUAUCGAGGAUGCUGGCUAUCUUCAAGGGCAGAACUGAGACAGAUGAUCAAUCAGGAGCCACUACCGAGCCAUGAUCCCAGUCGCCCUCCUCAGAGGGGGGCUGUGGUCAAUAUUGCAAGCCAGUUAGGGUUGGUUGGCCGUUCUAAGGCUCGUGAGUCAAUGCCUUCUUUUCUUUCCGCCGCUCUCAGUGCGUAA